AUGGAUCACCUCGACGACCUGCGAGAGACCUUUGAGACCCUUAGGACUUACCAAAUGAGACUCAACCCAAAGAAAUGCAUUUUCGGAGUAACUUCCGGCAAGUUCCUUGGCUUUUUGAUCGAUGAAAGGGGCAUUGAGGCCAAUCCAGACAAGGUACAGGCCGUCAUUACAAUGACGUCGCCAAAGACGGUCAAAGAUGUGCAACGCUUAACUGGUUGUCUUGCCGCCUUGGGACGAUUUUUGUCUAGAGCUGGAGAUAAGUGUCAUUACUUUUUCAGUACCAUCAAAAAGGGCACCCAGUUUGAAUGGACGUCGCAGGCAGAGGCCGCCUUCCUUCGUUUGAAAGAACAUCUGCACACUCUGCCACGGCUCGUCGGCCCCCUCUCAGGAGAGGUUUUGUGUCUCUACCUUGCCAUCUCAGACUACGCUCUAAGUGCCGUUCUACUUACAGAAAGGGAUGGGAUGCAACUACCUGUCUACUUCGUCAGCCACAUGUUGCAGAAUGCAGAGCUCAAAUACCCAACUGUUAAAAAAUUCGGCUUCGCUCUGUUCCUGGCUAGCAAAAAGCUUCGUCCAUACUUCCUGGCCCAUCGGCUAAUAGUAUACACGGAUCAACCUCUGAAACAGCCAUUUACCAAUCUGGAAGCGUCCGGGAGAAUGCUCAACUGGGCAAUCGAGCUUAAUGCAUUUGAUAUUUCGUAUGAGCCACGGAAGGCUAUAAAGGGACAGGCUUUUGCCGACUUUAUUGUAGAAAUGACUAGGCCACCCUAUUUCAAAAAUGAAAAAGCUCAGUGGGUGGUUCACGUGGAUGGCUCUGCUACCCAAAACGGUUGUGGAGCCGGCAUAAUCUGUGAAUCCCCAGAGGGGGAUAUCUAUGAAUAUGCAAUGCGCUUUAACUUUCAGGCGUCCAACAAUGAAGCUGAAUAUGAAGCCUUGAUAUGCGGAAUCCAAAUGAGCAAAGCAGCAGGGGCGGCAGAGGUCCUGAUUUUAUCCAACUCACAGCUAAUUGUCAGUCAGGUAAAAGGAGAAUAUGAAGCCAAGGAUGACGCCAUGAUAAAAUAUUUGGAAAAGGUCCACCAGGAAGUCCAGCAGCUGACUAGCUUUGAAAUACAACACAUACCUCGGUCUGAAAACAACAAGGCAGACGCUUUAUCCAAGCUGGCAAGCUCAGCAUCCUGCGACACGCCACGUCAUGUAUUUUGGGAGGCAAAAAGGUUACAAAAGAAAUGCACCUGGUUCGAAAUAUGGAACGGAACUCUAUACAAAAAGGCUUUCUCACGGCCUCUUCUUCGCUGCGUAACCCCAGAGAAGGGGCAUGAAGUAUUGGAAGAUGUCCAUCAGGGAUUAUGCAGCUCGCACAUAGGGGGGAGGGCCCUGGCAGAAAAGGCUCUAAGAAUUGGAUACUAUUGGCCCACUCUCAAGGAGGACGCUCUAGACUUGGUUAAGCGGUGUGAUAAGUGUCAACGCUUUGCUCAUCUAAUUCGACGACCAGCACAGAGACUGACUCCAAUCACCAGCCCAAUACCAUUUGCCAAAUGGGGGAUAGACCUAUUAGGCCCUUAUACGACGGCACCAGGAGGACUGCGUUAUGUGAUAGUUGCCGUCGACUAUUUCACAAAAUGGGUAGAAGCUGAAGAUCUGAAAAACACUAAGGCCCAAGAUGUGAGAGCAUUCAUCUGGAAAAACAUCAUCACAAGAUUCGGCGUGCCUCAGUCCAUUGCCUUUGACAAUGGGCCACAAUUCAAGACACUCAAAUUGGAGGGUUGGUUGGCUGACCAUGGCAUCAUAGCAUGUUUUGCAUCACAAAAGGUUUAUGGGCCGACGAGUUACCCAAUGUCUUAUGGUCUAUAUGGACCACGGCCAAAAAACUCCACAGGAGAAACACCAUUCUUAUUAGCCUAUGGAGCUGAGGCCGUCCUACCCAUUGAAAUGUGUGAACCAACCCUGCGCGUCAUGUUAUUUGACGAAGACGCCAAUUGGGAAAUGAUGAAAGCGGCCUUGGAUGUCUUGCCAGAAACUAGAGGGAACGCGGCUUUGCGCCAGCAACUAUACAAACUCCGGAUGACUAGGGAGUACAACAAAAGGUUCUCUAGAAGAAUCUUAAAGGUUGGAGAUUUUGUGCUUAGAAAGAUGGAAGCCGUCGGACGCGCCAAUGAACAAGGGAAACUCACUCCGACUCGGGAAGGCCCAUACGAGAUUUACGAGGAAGUCCGAGACGGAACCUACCGGAUCCAAGACAUGCAGGGACGUCCGAUUUUGCGUACUUGGAAUGCAGACAACCUGAAAAAGUACUUUUUUUAA